UAUAACAUUAUAUUAUUGUCAAUCUCAUGUGGUACAAUUUAUUAGCGCUACUACAUAGGUUUACUUUUGGUUUAUCUGUGCAUACGGACAAUGUAGGAGAUAUAUUUGAUAUUGCUGAUUUCUUAAAAGAAUAUCAGAAGAUAAAGUGUACUUUCAAAACUUUGAAAUUAUGGCAGCUAAACGUGUGUUGCGACCCAUAUAGGUAUCCGGUACCUAACCAUACACAGGUGUGCUGUUCAAGACCCAUAUCAGUAUAGCAUGUGUGUAUUAGACAUUUGUAACGAACCCCUAUGAUAGGCCUACAAGUGAAUUUGUUGUAAUUCAUAGAUGGACGUAACACCAAAGUGGACCUGCUUUUUGUGUGCCCAGCCAGCUCCAUUCCGCUCUCUUGCUUCACUAGAAGCGCAGGAAAAAUCUGGAAACACAGAUAUAUAUAUAGACGGUGAUUACAAGUGAGUAUAAUUACAAAGAAAAUCUUGUGAGUUAUGUUAAACAUUUGACACAAGGCUGUGAAACAGAGGAGAAUUAAUUAUAAAAGACAUAUAAGUUUAAUUAUAUACUGUAAUUACGAUUUUGUUAUCGGUCUGUAUUUGAUGUUCUAUAUACUAUGGGACGAUGGUAUGUCUUCUUAGUGGGAACAAUAUAUACAGUAGUACAUGUAUUAGUAUUCAAAAUUAUCGAUUACAUAACAUACAUAGCAGCAUCUUUUAACGAGAAUGUUCCUGAUCACAGGAUUUAUUUGCGCUGCCCGUCCUGCAGGAGGUGUUUUCAUCCAAGCUGCUGCGACACUUACGAAUUAGAGCUACAUUUAACAAAGGAAGUGAAAGGGACUUUUUGUGAUCCGUGUGCAACAGGAGAACAUGACGUCUGCAGUUGCAGCUGCAGUUCGUCUAAUGAUUGAUCAAAUUAUGGCAAAGGUAAAAAGAUCAUCUGCAAGCAACCAGCCAUCCUCAAGAAACCAGCCAUCCCCAAGCAAACAACCAUCCUCAAGCAACCAGCCAUCCUCAAGCAACCAUUCACCCCCCUCACCAUCCCCAUCACCUUCUCUGUCAGCACCAGUGUGUCAGGAGAAAGGGACUGACGGAUCCUCUUCUGCUUUUUCCACAAAUGACAAAGUUUGGGGUACUAAUGAAGAAAAACUUUUAGUACAAGUCGUCAAUGACUUUGACCUUGGGAAACCAGUAAAAAACAAAUGGGGAAAUGUUGCUAGAAAAAUGGCAACAUAUGGCGCAACCUUUAGUUCAGAACAAUGCCGAUUAAAGUACAGACACUUAAGAGAGAGGUAUGCAAGGAAAAAAAAGAAGAAUAAUACUUCAGGUGAGUCUCCUGCUUCAGAGGAUGAACUCUAUGACAUGAUGGACUCCAGAGUUGACAACAAUCCAUCAUAUUUGGUUGAUUCUGGAAAUUUAGAACAUGUAGUUGAAACAAAAAAUGGAAGAGAAAAGAAUGAGAAUGAAGCAGAAAAGAGCAUGAGUGGUGGUACUUUGGCUGGAAAUUCACUCGAUAAAGACAGAGGCUGGAAAGGCAAGGGGAAAAUGAAAAAAAGGAAAAGGACAGUUGACACAGUUACAGAAACCUUAACCGGUCUCUUUGAAAAACGAGAAAUGCAAACUGCAAAGCGGCACAAGGAAAAAAUGAACAUAAUGAAAUCCUUCAUUGAUGUUUUAAGAGGAAAACAAGAUUCCUCUGCAGCUCAUUCCAAUUCCCCAAGUGCGUCUUCUGAUGAUGAUUAAAUGACGAUAUAUAUUUUAUUAUCUUAUCCCUGUUCUGCCUGAAGAUUCUUUUUUAUAGUCUAUUAUCUGUGCCAGGUGCCAAGUUUAUUUCUUAAAUGUCUUGAAAUUGUGUUAAUUCUUGUUUUAUGAUCAUAUUAUACUGUUAAAUGUGUUUACAUGUAUUUAGAGAAGAAAGUGAGGUUCACAACCCAGUGCGUCUCAAAUCAAAUUUUUCUUAAAAAUGUUGGUUUUUUUGCUUGUUUCAAUCUUAUUACUUUUUCAAUUAUAUUAAAUAAAUGUAACUUCAAAUAUUUGGGCUAGGUGCAAGAUGUAAUUGUAACUAUAUAUAAAAUUACUGACAAUUAGUUGUUUGCCCGAAAUUGUUUUUUAUGAUCAAUGAAAAGUGAACGACAGCGUAUUUGCUCUGUAUUCUGUUUGUUUCAAUAUAUGUAUUGAAAGAGGAAAGUGCAAUUUCUUUUUGUAAAAGUUAAAUGAAAUGUUGUUUAUGUAGUUAAGGUAAUUUUCAUGCAAUUAUUUCUAGUUACAAAAUAUCUAUGCUUGUAACUGCAUAUAUGGAGCACCAAAUUAAUACAUUGCGAUAAUCCUGAAUACAUUUUAACAUGAUAAAAAUGUGUACACAUAAUCAAUUAGAUUUAAAUUGAAUUCAUUUAAUUUGUAGAUUUAAUUUAUACAUAGUAUGUGUGGUUGAACUUCUCUUUAAAUCUAGUAACCCAACUUUACAGAUAUAUUAAUAAUACCUGGUGUGAAAAAGAAGCAAACAUGUUUUUUUUUUCAAGUAAAUCCAUCUCCAAAACAAAUAUAGUUUUAAUUACAUGAAUUAUUUUAUGAUAGAAAACACUUAUUUGGUGCUCCAUAAAUGUACUAAUGGCAAUAUGACCACUUCAUUAUUGCAUACAAUAAUUACCGACAAAUGUUUGUUGUUAAAUAUGAUUAUCAUUACGUUUUUUAAUUUGCUAACUUUGUGCUAGUGAUCAAGAAUAAUUAUAUAGUUACAUACUCAUUUUACUUAAAAAUUGUUAAAAAAAACUGAAUAUCAUGAGCUGAUCAGUUUUUCAG